AUGGGUAUUUAUGAAAUUGAACAUCGAACCCCGAAAAAAUUUCAAUUAAAUCAUUUAAGACAUUUAACUGAUGUAUUUAUUAUCCCAAAUAAUUUAGUUGAAUAUACCAUUAUACAUACAAUGAAUGUAACCAAUGAAACAACACACUAUUUACUUGGUUUCAAUGAAACAAGAUCACAUUUUAUAGCGUAUAGUUUAUUGAACGGUCAAGUAAUGUGGAGAUUGAAACCAGAUUUAACAAUUUAUCCAGUUUAUCAUACUACUACUACUGAUAAUAAUGAUAGUAGUAAUAAUGAAUCUGAUAAAAAUUUACAAACAUCCAAUUCUAAUUUAAACAAUUUGACUAUUGAAAAAUUUUUAUUCAAUACUAAUCAAACAAUAAUGAUUGUAAGUUAUGGUUUAGAAUUAGCCUGUGUAUUUCUAAUCGAUCAAUUAAAACAUGUCGGUAAUUUAAAUGAAGCUUAUGCUACUACAAGUAGCCAAACAUUACAAUCUGGCGGGAAAUUAAAUUCCGCGCCAAAUUUAUCAAUUGCCGCCAUUUCGCAUGAUGGUUAUUGGUUAGUACAUACAGAAUUUAGUGAAGAAUUUCAAUGUACUUGUUUAACUGUAUGGUCAUUAAUCAAUUUUCAUGAAAAUCAACUUAUUAAUCAACAACAACAACAAGAAUUAAUUACAUGGAAUCGUAAACGUUUAUUAAAACAAACUGAUCUACUACAAGUAGCUAUAAGUGGACAACAUUGUGUGAUUGUAGCGGCACGUUUAAAUUAUGGUCUGCUAUGUUGGUGUCCAUGUAAUCACAAUGAACAACAAACAAAUUCAAUUCAUUUACAGAAUAGUGAAAAUUUAAAUUUUUCCAUAGAUAAUCCACCAUUGUUAAAUGUUUCAAUGGAUGGUAGUAAAAUUAUCUCUGCAAGUGUUUUAGGCAAAUGUACACAAAUUACAAUAUGGCAAUUAGAUUUAAACAAAUUCAGCGUGUGUUUUAUUGGUAGCGUAUGUUGUUUAGAUCAAAUAUUAGAAUUACAGCUGACAAAAAAACAAAAAUAUCAUUACAUUUGUUUAUCUACAAUGAAUUCAAAUAAACCGCUACUGAUUGAUCCACAUUGGAUGAAUGAAAUAGAAUAAUGAAUUGAAUAUUGAACCAAUCAACAUAUAUUGAACAUUAU